GGGUAUCUGGUUCACAGGCAGGUGGGCGGGAUCUUUCAUCUGAUUGGUCCAUCUAGAGUCGGGUUACUCAGUGCUUCAUAACAAACUGGCUAGUCAGGGAAACAGCUAGCCAGCCAGCCAGCAAGGCUAGGUUGCAGUAAGAUAAUCGUACAGGCAGAACGAAAAGUAGUAACUCGGUAAAUAAAUUUAGAUGUAAAUGUUGCAGCUAGGCUGUCGGUGAUUUAAGAUCUGGACACAUUUGGUGAGAGCGGGAGAAUGGUGGUUCCCGACAGCGGAAGCGGGGCCCAGCAGGCGGACAGCGGCAUGGUCCCGGGGUUCGAAGACGAGCAGGAUGGAGUGGAGCUGGAGGAGGUCCGCAAGUUGCGUGAACUCGUGCGGCGCCUUGAGGUCCAGAACGAAAGCCUGCGGAGCAGGGGCACCACGCAUCGUCUCGGCACGAACACUAACGAGAGAACACUGUGUGAGGACACUGGCACCAGCUCAGGCAGAGACUUCCAGACUUUGUCUCCUCCUCAGGACAGCGUUAGUCAGGACAUGUCUCCUCUUCCUGAAGCCACAAGGCUGGAGGAUGAAGAAGAGAUGGAACAACACAGCCCAGUUUUUAAUCUUCCUUGUGCCGCUGCACCAGGGCACACUCAAGAACACACACACACUAGUUCUUCUCCUGAUAGCUAUGAUUCAGAGACAAUCGGCGGGAGCGAUGCAGGCGUGGACCAGUCCGCUCUGGACGAGGUGGAUGUGCUCGACUUGGACGACUGUGCUGAUAUCAAUGACGAAGACUGCUGGUUGUACGUAUCUCCGAAGAAGCAGGUACAGACGGAGCAGGGCCCGGAGUCUCCUCUGAAAUGGUGCCGGAAGGUGCUUGAUCACCCGAGUCCUGAGACCGAGGUGGCUUGCAGGACGCUUCUGAGCCGUCUGGAUCAAAGCUCAAGAUGGAGGAACAUGUACAGCAGCCCAUCGCAAACCUCCGCGGGCUCAUCAGCCGAGGCUGGCUCCUCUCAUUCUCCUGGGUACCACAAAUCAACUAACAAAAACCUACUAACCUGUGGCAGCUCAGGUUACAAGAGCAUGCACUCGGCGCUGAGCUCCCAGUCCUCCAUCGACAGCGAGCUGAGCACGUCAGACGAUUCCAUCUCAAUGGGCUACAAGCUGCAGGACCUGACAGACGUGCAGAUCAUGGCUCGGCUACAAGAAGAGAGUCUGAGGCAAGACUAUGCUUCGAGCUCGGCCUCGGCAUCCCGGCGGAGCUCUGCGGCUUCACUGCACUCAUUGAAGCGAGGCACCUACAGUGAUCAGGAGCUGGACUCCUACAGCUUAGAGGAUGAAGAGGCAGACAGCAUGCCUUACACACACGUCCACCGCCGUCACUCGCCUUCUCCUGGCACCUCACCUCGCUGUCCAUCACCUGCAGGUGGCACACGUGUGCCCAGGCGCUCCCUUCAGGGCACGGCGCCAGAGCUCCUCAAGUUUACUCGGAGUGAGGAGGAGUUAAGACACAGCAUGCCUAACUUGGCCCCACGCACCAGCCUGCGCUCGCUGGAGGCAGUGAGAAACAGCCGCAGCAUGGAGGCUAAUCUGCACAGUUCAGGCAGCCGCAUGUCCCGCCUGCCCCAGUCCCCCACAGGUGUGUCCAACACCCGAGUAAGAGGGAGUGGCCAGUCACCGCUCUUGUUGCGGGCUCCUGUGAAAGCUCUCAGCCCUGUAGGCAGCAUGGCUGCAGUGCGACAGUCUGCAAGAACUACUGCUGGAGCUCAGGGGCACACUCCAGGAGCGCGGAGGGUGCAGUCACCGGGGCCUGCCAAUGGAGCAGCUUACUCUGCAGGCAGGACUGCUACCACAGGGCCAAAGCAAGCAGUGGGCAGAAGCAUGACACCUACUGCUCCAGCUAACUCAAAAAGCAGGCUUGCCCAGACCCCUAGAAGCAGGUCUCUGGGAAUGACAAAAACCUGUGGUCCGAUAUCAGACGAUUCCUGGAAGGAUGGCUGUUACUAAAGCUUUUGUCAUUCUCCUUUACACACUCCUAGAAAACGUCCGUAAAACACCUCUGCCUUUAAAAACAUCACAGGGACGCUGGACACACCAAGGCCAGAAGCAGAAAGGCACAAAAACACACCAACCCUGGAAAGUUUUACUCCAGCAUGAAUCCUCUUACCCCCACUGCCACACUAGCCAGACAAACGCUAAUGGAAAACCUUUGACACGACAUGAUUUAUUUCAUCAGACUUUAAAAUAGGCUGUUUUUUUUUUUUUUUUUUAAAUGCCAAGCUGCUUUAUUUUUAUGAUAACUGGAGACGAUGCUGGAAAAAAAAGUGUUGUAGUGUAUAAAAUACCUAGAACAUAUGUAUAUGUUGUUUUAACAAUUAAAUUUUGAAAUUAAGUGCUUAGAUCUUUAUUCAGAACAAUUGGAUGCUCUCUCUUUGUUCUUCCAAAAAUGAAGGAAAAUAUGUAUGAGCUGUUUCAGUGGAAUUUUAUGACAUACCUUUUCAAGGCACAAAAAUACAAAGUCUAUGCAGUCUUCCAUCUUCUCAAAAAGUUAAGAAAGCUAUAAUAAAAUUCAAAGUCACUGGGUUCUGCUUCAA